UCUGUGAACAUGCGCCUCCAGCAGCAGCAGCAGGGAUUACUUCUGUACACCACCGAAAACCUGUAACGCACCGAGAACAUACAGUAGAAACAUGGCAGGAAAGUCGGAACUAAAAAUUAACUCUCAGUUCGCGCAGAAAUACGACAAAUACCGACAGAAGGAGGAGCUGCAGAGACUGAAGGACCGAUAUGGAGACCGAGGUGAUGACAGUGACUCUGAGUCGUCUGAGUCCAGCUCUGAUGACAGCGAAGUGGAACUGGACCCUGAAGUGGAGCGGGAUUUCUACAGAACACUGUCACUGCUGAAGAAGAAAGACCCCAAGAUCUAUGAGAAGGAUGCAAAGUUCUACUCAGAAGAAGCGUCCACCAGCGAUGCUGUGCCUUCAACCUCGAAGAAAGCAGUGAAGCCCAUGUAUCUGAAGGACUACGAGCGUAAAGUGAUCCUGGAGAAGGAAGGCAAAUAUGAAGAUGAUGACGACAGUGAUGACGAGGAAGCUGCCAUGAGAAGAGAGAGAGCAGCGUCUCCGAGCUACAUGCAGGAGCAGAGGGAGCUGAAAGAAAGCUUCCGGAAGUUCAUCCAGGACAGUGGCGAUGAAGAUGAGGAUGAAGGUGGCGAGGGAGGCGGUGUGUCCCAGCUGCUGACCAGGAGGAUCAAAACGCAGGAGGAGAAGGAUAAAGAGGAGGCGGAUUACGUGGACUGGCUGAAAGGUCAGGCCGAGCUGGAGGGUCCAGAGGAGGUGAAGGACAUGAAAUACUUGAGAGACUUCUGGAACGACCCCGAGCUGGACGAGAAGGAGCGUUUCCUGAGAGAUUACAUGCUGAACAAAGGCUACCUGGAUGAAGACGAGGACGAUGAACGGAUCCCAACCUACGACGAGGUGGUCCAGGACGACGUGGAGGAUUCUGAGGAGGAGGGCGAGACCUUCUUGGAGCGUCAGGCAGACUUUGAGAGGAGCUACAACUUCCGCUUCGAGGAGCCCGACGCUCAGCAGAUCAAGACGUAUCCCCGAAACAUCGCCACGUCUGUGCGCUCGAAGGACGACCGCAGGAAACGCAAAAGAGAGGAAGUGAAAGAAAGGAAGCAAAAGGAGAAAGAGCAGAAGCAGGAGCAGCUGAAGCAGCUGAAGAACCUGAAGAGAAAUGAGAUCAUGGAGAAGCUGAAGAGGCUCCAGGAGCUGACCGGCAACGAGCAGCUCGCCUUCAGUCAGACUGACUUGGAGGGAGACUUUGAUCCGACACAACACGACCAGCUGAUGCAGAAAUUCUUUGGGGACCAAUACUACGGAGAAGAGGAGGAAGAGAAGCCUCAGUUUGAGGACGACGAUGAACUGGAGGAACACUGGAACUGGGACACCUGGAGGGGAGCGGAGCGAGAGGAGGAAGAGUACGGCGAGGAGGAUGAGGAGUACAACGAGCCUCACUGCGACGAUGAAAACUUCAUUAUGGAUGCCGACUUUGACCCCAACCAGCAGACGGCCUCCAAGAAGCAGAAGAAGAAGGAGAGGAAGAAGAUGCAGAAGGAGGAUCUGCCGCAGAUGGGCAAGAGGAAAAAGAAGUCUCACUUUGCAGAGGUCAUCAACACAAACAAGCCUGUGUUUGAUCCUCAGGAGAAGAGCUUUGAGCAGUACCUGGAUGAGUACUACAAGCUGGACUACGAGGACAUCAUCGACGACCUCCCGUGCAGGUUUCGCUACAGGCAGGUUCUGGCCAACGACUUCGGCCUGUCGACUAACGAGAUUUUAAACGCCAACGACGGCGAGCUGAACCGCUGGUGCUCCCUGAAGAAGACGUGCAUGUUCAGGUCUGACAAAGAAGAGAUGAGUGACCUUAAGAACUACAAGAUAAAGGCCCAGAAUGAAAGGAAGAAGAAAGAAAUCCUGAGAUCUGUUUAUUCUGAAGAAGAUAAAGACGCGGCCGAGGCUAAGAGCAAGGUGGGGAAGAAGCGGCGAGAUCGCCUGAAGAAUGCCGAGAAGCAAAGCAGAGGAGGAGAGGACGAAGCCGCCACGAUGGACUCCACGGACGAGACGCUCGGUCAGGCUCUUCAGGAGGCAGAGGACGGCGCAGAGGAGACCGAGGAGUUCCUGAUUCCAAAGAAAAAGAGGAUGAAACAGGAAGAAGAACCCCAGAUUACCACAGAGGAGGCAGCAGAUCAGCCUGAUGAAGUAAAGAACAGGACUGAGAGGCCAAAAUGGUCCAAGAAGAAGCACAAGCGUUCAGGUGGAGCCAUCGGGGUGAAAAUAGGCGGCCGGGACUUCAGUCGACAGCGACUGAAGGCCUACGGUCUGAACCCCAAGAGACUGUACUUCAGACAGCUCGGCAGGCAGAAACGGAAAGCGCAGGAGAAGAAAGAGAAGCAGAAAAAGAAGGAGUGAUGACGGCUUUCACCGCCUCAGAUUAGAUUCUUAUGGUCCAAGAGUUCAGUACAGUUUGUAAUGGUUGGUUUUUAUUCGUCACAUUGACUUUUUGAUUUAAAAUAUAUAUUUUUGAAUGGUGGUUACAGAUGAUUUGCUUUUUGCCUACAAUAGUCCUUUUAAAAAAAUCUAACCCUUGAAAAAAAGAUGCCAAGUUUGUUUGUUUGGCACACGAGUGGUUGAAAUUGCUCUACAUGGUGCGAUUAAAUUUAAAAGAACAUUUUGAUGUAAGAGAAAAACGUUGCAUCUUUUCAUAUUGUGGCAUUUCUCACAGUUUGUACAAUAAAGAUGAUUAUUCUUAUGUUAAAA